AUGCACACCCUAGGAAUUUCUGCCAUUGUGGUACUCAAUGCAGUGGAGAUACUGUAUUAUUUCCCCGAUGAUAUUGAGGUAGUGACCUUGUCAUCAGCCAGACUGCUGCAUUAGUACAUACUUAGGGGCAGUUCCUCUGACAAUCGCUUCUUAUCACAAUGAAAAGAUAGCCCAGGGAUUUCUGCAGAUAAACCACAGACACAACACCAAAACUCCUAAUCUUAUUGGGCAUUAACAAAUUAUGACUCAUGAAGACCAGUGAUUUUUUUUCUUUGAUGGUUAAAGCCAUGUCAUUGGGACAUGACUAUACAGUAAUAUAAAUACCAGCUGCUCACAUAGAGUUGUGAGAACAAGUUGACUUCUAGAUUUUUCUUCAGCCAACCUUGAAGCAAAGCAAAGGUAAGACUUGGGGUGCUUCCAUUUUGGGGCUUAGCAUUGCAAAUGGGUUCCUGAGUUAUCACAUGUGGCUUGUUGACAACAUGUGUUUAUUUGUUUUCAGCUUAAUGGAUUUUCCUUGGUAAUUGAAAAUCUGAAUUGGGGAGGGAGAGAUACAGGGUAGCAUUUUGAUGGCAACAACACUGUGUGCUUACUGCCAAAAAGAAAAGCUUUUCAUGCAUUGGGAGCAUCGGUCCCACAAUAAUCACCCAUCUGGAUGCACCCAAGGAUUUUAGUGCAAUUUAGAGAGCCUAAACUACUUGGAUGUGUCAUAAAUGUACUCUACAGGUAAAAUUACAUAUAUUCGUUACAUCUCAUCAGGGCUGGCAUCCAGAUUAGACUCCAGCUAUGAGCCAAAAUGUAUAUCUAGCAGUCAAAAAGUAACCUGAACAGCUGCUUCCACUAGAAUGUCAUAACAUUACUAAAAUAUAUUGCUUUGGUAGAAAUAAGUAAUUAAUUUCAAUGGGAUUUACAUCCAAGUAAAAUUUUAUGCAGAAAUUGUCCUUGAAGAACACAUGGGGGGGAGUGAGGUCACACACUGGCCAUGCCCACAAUAUCACAGUUGUUGCCAGCUCUGUCAUUCAUUGGGUGGAAGUUCUGAAGGAUAAAUGAUGUGCAUUCUGGAGGAACCUAUUGUGUUCUAGCCAAACCCAGUAGACAUGAAGGACUGGGAGUGGAGCCAGUGGGUCGUGAGAUGUUUGGGCGGCAGCAGCACAUAUGGCUCCCCUCCCCUAUCUCCACACAAUCUUGGAUAACCUCUGGAUAAUUUUUGUAAAGAGUUCUGCUGACUACCCAAUCUUUAGCAAGCUGGAGGGAAAACCCUGCAUCAAUUGUUCCUUACUUAUGUUGCUUCAGGUUCUUCUGCCACAAUGAAACUGCUGAUUUGUCUUUCCUGCAUUCUGAGCAUAGCAGCCGCUGUCCCAGUCCGUGUAAGUAGCACUGAACCUGUGGAAUGGGGAAACCUGUCAGGCCAACUACAGCUUGAAUCUCUUCGUAAUACAGUUGUUGCGCACUGUAACAACAUCACAAUGAGAUAAAAAUAAGUAAAGGUGGGGGGGAUGUCAAAGAGAUAAUCAGAGCCAUUUGGGCUGCUAAACACAUGACAUAUUUCCUACUCUGGGUAUCAGUUCUGCAUAGAAAGUUGCAAGCGUGCCACCACAUGUGCAUUUUGCCUAGUGUGCAUAUAAUGGGAAAGCCUGUUUCAUAGGCUCUUCCAAUCUUGUGUAUGUUAUACAAACAGCAAUUUAUCACACUUGAGUUCACCAUUUCAGAGAUGUGUAUGCCCCAAACUGGCAUUCAUUGAAUAACCAACUCUGUAUACUGAUUAUAUAAACAAGUCCUGGCUCAUAUGAAGUGGUUGCCUCAAUCUCCUUCCUUCCUUCCUUCCUUCCCUCCCUCCUGUUAUGCCAGGCACCAGACUCUAGCUGCUGAAUCAUCAUCUUCCUUUCCUUACACCAGCUGCCCCUCUCCUCCUUUGCUCAGGGAAAUGUCUCUGGGCUCAGAGACAUGUUAGGGAAGGCUGAGGGGUCUAGACACCUGAAAUUCAUUUUCGAGCUGGGCCAGCGUUGCCCAAAUGAAAACAAGUGACAAAAGAACUGUUUGGAGAGGUAGAAGCCUCCAUGGGCUGCAAGAGGGGUCUCUGGAGGCAUCAUGCUAGGGACUCUGGCCUUCUCCCAGCAAACUCUCGUUGACCAAUCCAUGGGCAAGGACAAGUUGUGCCUCCAACUGCAUUGUGAGAUGAGGGAAGAGAGAAGAAUUCACAUGGGAGGUGACAGGAACCUGAGGAAAUGGGGAAUAAAGUAUAUGUGGAACCUUUGCUUGGGUUCUAGAGGAAUACGCCCAAUGUUAUCCUGUGAGGAUAAAGCAUGAAAUCUAACCCACAAAACACGAAAUCUAACCCUGUUUUUAUUUCAUAUGUUUUGACAGCGGUCAGCAAGUGGCAGUGCCAGCAACGAGGUAAACCAUCUUGUGUAUUUCUUAAUUGUUUUAAUUGUAAUAUUUUAUUGUUUGUUUUAUUGUAUAUUUUAAUUCAGGAUGGUGAGAUGUCCCAAUGGAUUUGUUAUUGUGUAUUUUGAUUGUGCAUUGAUUUUAUAGUUGUAUGCCACUUAGAAGCCUUUCUGGUAUACAAGUGGUAUAUAAAAUAAAAAUUAUAAUUAUAUCAAUAACCUUCUGUGUGCAAGAGUGUUAGUGCCAUGGAAACAAUAUUAAAAGCACACAUUCUGGAAGAUGCUUUUGAUUUCUGGCAGGGGUUUUUUAAGAGCAGCAUGAAUAUGUUUGCUUGUUUGUUACCUUAAUUUUGACUCCACUAUUUUUAGGGCAGACCCUUCACAAGGCCGCUCCCCAAAUUUAGUAAACUUCGUAUAUCAAACAGUAUGAGGGGUGUGUGGGUGUGUGGGUGUGUGUGGGUGUAAAAGCAUAAAGCCAUCAAUCAAAUACCAACCAGAGCAAAUCAGUUUUCAAAAUCUGCUUGAUUUUGAUAGGCUUCUGAUGAUGACUGAUCUCAUGUUCACCAAGAUGCAGGUAGCCUUUCGAGCAACCUGGUCCUUAACUGUUCAGGGUUUAAAAUAUCAAAACCAGCUCUUUAAUAUAGUCAUGCUGAGACUGAUAGGAGUUGCAGUCUGUAACAUCCAGAGAGCAACAGGCUGAAGAAGGCCAAUAUACAUUGAGCCUCAAAACACACACGCAACCAAUUAAAUUGGAACAGAAUGGGUGUCACAUGAUCCCAUAAGCAAUUUGACAGUUGCUUUCUUAAAGGUAGCCCUGCAGAGAGAGCAUUACAGGAAUCAAGUGUGGAUGUCAGCAGAGUGUGUUCAAGCCACUUCCACCACACUUCCGGUGUUGUCUGUCUCCACCUUCUGUUUCUCUGUUUCCACAGCGCCUUCCUAUCAUGGCUCCUCAAGUGCCUCCUCAGGUUCCUCCUCAGUUGCUUCCUCAGUUUCCUCCUCCACUUCCGGCACAACCAUACCCACCUCAGAUUCCACCGCAGCCAUACCCACCUCAGGUAAUACCAGCACAGCAUGCCUAUGCUUGUGGCAAGUACUAAGUUCAUUCCUUCAGUGGCACAAAACCCAUUCACCAAAAUGAAGAUCUAUGCUUCUGCAUCCCUGGAUGCCUUGCUCCCCAAACAGGAAGAGCCCACUGAUGGCAGGUUGCAAGAGGGUGGCCUACAUCGUCAUCUAGAGGCCAUUUUAAAGGGUGCCAUAUUGUCAUGCUGGAUUUGAUAUUACCUGGGAGCAACAAAGAGAUGGUGCGCAAGGCUGCUCCUGACUACUGCUUUGUUGUGGGCAGCCGCGCCAACUAUAGGGGUUGGAAGGGGAUUCGGCCCCCUGAAUAUUUGUGGGCAAGGGGCUGAGCCCUCCCCCCAAAUAUUGAGGUCAUGUGUAUGACUGAAGGAGCGUCUCCACCUCCAUCGUUCUACCCGGACACUGAGGUCCAGCACCGAGGGCCUUCUGGCGGUUCCCUCACUGCAAGAAGCCAAGUUACAGGGAACCAGGCAGAGGGCCUUUUCGGUAGUGGUGCCCUCCCUGUGGAAUGCCCUCCCACUAGAUGUCAAAGAGAAAAACAAUUACCAGACUUUUAGAAGACAUCUGAAGGCAGCCCUAUUUAGGGAAGCUUUUAAUGUUUGAUGUAUUACAGUAUUUUAAUAUUUUUCUGGAAGCCACCCAGAGUGGCUGGGGAAGCCCAGCCAGAUGGGCGGGGUAUAAAUAAUAAAUUAUUAUUAUUAUUAUUAUUAUUAUUAUUAUGACUUCACAUGAUGCUGGGCCACCUUAAUGUGGGGGGCAAGUCAGCACCCCUAAUUGUGGGUGUAUUCUGCAGCAUGCUCUUGAUACAAUAACAGUGCAUUAAUGCUGCCUUAAUUCUGCUUUACAGUCAUACCUCGGGUUACAGCCGCUUCAGGUUGCGUUUUUUUCGGAUUGCGGACUGCCGAAACCCGGAAGUACCUCAACGGGUUACUUCCGGGUUUUGGUGGUCACGCAUGCGCAGAAGCGCCAAAUCGCAACCCGUGCGUGCGCAGACGCCGGUUGUGAACGCUGCAGGUUGCGAACAUGCAUCCCACACAGAUCACGUUCGCAACCUGAGCAUCCACUGUACUUUGUUCUUCAAUGCUUCUCCAAUACUACUGCGUUAUUGCUUUCGGGGCAGGUGGGGUGGAGAGUUAUAGCACAACAAAAGAAAGACAAAAAAUAAACCAGAGCAUUUGUGCUGUAAAAGUUGCAGAAUCUCAGCAGGCUGUUGCAGGAUAUGCACUAAUUGGAAAUGGAGCAGUGUGACUGCCCUAGAACUUUUUGUGGGCGCAAACAGUAUUGAGAGCAAGAUCUCGUAUGAGCAUCCCAGUAGCAUGAGCGUAAGUCAUUAUGAAUGCAUGAUAAAUAGGAUGUCUGGAGGGGAUCUUAGUAACACUGUGUUUUCCUAGGCAUUGUAUUCAACUCAUUUAUACAAUAAGCACAUUUUCAUUCUACCUUCAAUUAAAAAUAACAAGGUGAUACAGUAUACAAUAAAAUGCAAUAAAAUAUGCUGCUGUAACAUCCAAGAACUGACAUACAUAUUUCUAGUAUGAGGUUGGUUUGAUGUUGGUUUGAUGCUGUUCUGUUAUGCAUAGAGCCCAAAUUACUAGCCCUUCCUUUAGCUGAUUCCUGGGUGGCUGAACACUUCCUAAAACCCUUAUAGAAUUGCUAUACCACCAGAUGGCACCAUUGUUUCAAACAACUGUAGUUCUCAAUAAGAACCUUGGUUUUCUUCGCCAAAGUCUGGUGUGUACUGUACACAAGGGGGGAAAUGACAUUUCAUGCAGCUGACCGUUUUGUUGAGAAGAUGCCUUAGCAACUGGACAGAGACAUUUAAUGAGGGGGAUGUGAAUAACAAGAUAAUUAAAGUCACAUGUAAGUAGCCGUGUUGGUCUGCCGUAGUUGAAACAAAAUAAAAAUAAUUCCUUCCAGUAGCACCUUAGAGACCAACUAAGGUUCUUAUUGGUAUGAGCUUUCGUGUGCAUGCACACUUCUUCAGAUACCAAUAACAAACUUAGUUGGUCUCUAAGGUGCUAUGGAAGGAAUUAUUUUUUUAUUAAGAUAAUUAAAGGCAAAUAUGUUAGCGCGAUUUGUUUCAUAGCCUUGUUUCUUUUACAGAUGAUCCCGAUCUAUGUGACCUAUGAUCCAGCUCAGGUAACUUCUUGAUAUCAAUGCAUGGGAGAAUUCUAGCACAGAGGGGAAAAGCAAGGAUUCAGACUGGGGGGAUAAGGGCUAGGUGGGAAAUCCUGUGAUGAGUGUUUAUAUCUCAAACAUAAACCAGGUGAAGGUAGCCGUCGGGUCUUGAACCCUUGGUGAGUUAGGGACUUUCCCUGCAUCCAAAGACAGGCACUGGUAGACUGAGCAGAUGAGACCAACACUGAGUCCAUGAGGGUGGUUUCUGCCCAUGUUGUAGAGCAGGCUUCCUCAAACUCGGCCCUCCAGGUGUUUUGAGACUACAAUUUCCAUCAUCCCUGACCACUGGUCCUGCUAGCUAGGGGUCAUGGGAGUUGUAGGCCAAAAACAUCUGGAGGGCUGAGUUUGAGGAAGCCUGUAGUAGAGGGAAGUGAGGGGCAGAUGGGGCUUGUCAACCUGGGAAGGGAGCCCACCUAGAAGAAGGAAUACUCUGAGCAUUGAUCAGUGUGUGUUAGUAAUUAACCUGCUUUGCCACAAGGAGGCAACCUAGAUAGUGUAACCCAUCAGAUUUUUCUCAGUUUUGUUUUAAUGUGUGUGUGUUAUUUACCGUUGUGAGUCACUUUGAGUCGCUUUUGCUUUUUUAAAAAGUGACUAAUUUAAAUAUUGAUAUUGAAUCAAAACCAACUAUCUCCCUUGUUUUCUUGUUUUCGCUUAGGGUUUGCCCUCUAUUCUCUCCAAUCUGCCAGGCGUGGUAAGUUCAAAAUUCUGCUUGCUUUCUAUACCACCACCUAUUUCAGACUUACAUAAGCAGCAGCUGUGGUUAACACUCAGAUUGAGUAAGAAAUGAGAGUUCAAGGGUGAAAUAUCAUCCACAAGGUAGUUCCUUUGUUAUCUCCUGCCAUCUCUCCUAUGGUUUCACCAGUCCUUCUCUUUUUUUAAUAAAAAAAAGUUCACAUUUUUGAAUGUCUAUGCUGUUUUCCAGCCUGUUUUCCUCCUAUCAGAACCAACUUGUAUGACUCUCCUGGCUGGGGCUGAUGGAAGUUUUAGUCUAGAACAUCUGGAGGGUGUCAGUUUGUAUGCACUUCCAUACAAAAACUCAUGCGCAUUUGAUCAAAUGAACUGAAAAAUAAAUAUACAAUGCCAAUUCUGGCUUAACCAAUUUCAGAACAGACUUCUUUGUGGGGAUUCAAAAGAGCACUAAUCGAAUAACGUUAGUUACGAUCAUUGAAUGAGUGCAUUUGAAGCGUAAUACUCAAAACCUCUCUACUCAGAAGUAAGCCACAUUGAGUUCAAUGUUAUACCUGGAAGGAAAAAUCCCUAUGAACUCAGUGGGAGUUACAGUACUUUCUGAGCAAACAUGGAUAAGAUUGCAUUGUGGAAUGCCAUUUACUUUCUCUGGGUUGCUCCCCAAAUCUAUGAAAUUUAAGAGAUGGGAAAGGAAUAAAAUGCACCAAGAGAGCAACACUUUUCAAAUUCUGCAUCGGUGUUGUAAAUACUUUAGCUAAAGUGAAUGAUCUCAUAGUUACCUCAUUGCCACCACAUUAUGGCAGCUCCCGGAUAUAGAAAACCACCAUUUGAAACCAAGCUUUAUAUGACUGAAUGAGGUCCCUUCUCUUUAGGUGAACCCUGGAGCUGGAGGUGUUGGUGGCCCAUUUCUGGUAAGACAAUUUACUGUUCAUCAUUAUUACUAGAUUGUAGCACAGUGGCGGGGGGCGGGGAUAUCUACACUGCACUGUGGAAAUCGGCCCAUAAUGUUCACCAAAUAACCGUGUGACUGACCUCUGUUACAAGAAUGCAGUAUACUGAUUUUUUGCCUCUCUCUAGAUCCCUUAUCCUGGAAUUCCUGGGGCGGUAAGUUCAUUGAUCUUCAUUGCAUCAUACUUCCAUAGUCAGAGAUCCAAGGGGAAACUCAGAGGUCUUUGAAUGAUUGCCUGAUUAUAUGAGUGGGUUUAGGCCAUUGCACUUAAUGAAAGGUAUCCUGCAAUAGAAGCGGGGAGAGAAAGCCCUCAAUGUUUGUGGGGGAGGUCAUGGGCACAUUUGGAAUUUUGAAAAAGUGGCUUCCGUGGUUACCUGUCAGAACCAAAAAAACAUAUGAAAUAUGAAGACAUAUUAUUUCAUUAUUCGCAACUUUUAACAUAUUUAUGAUCUCAAUAAAAAUUAACAAUAAUUAACAGUGUUUCAUUUAAAAACCAAAAGGCAAACAAAAUCUUCAAAAGAUUUUAUAGUGCUCUGUUUUGAAUUCCAAACCACUCUAGAAGUUUCCAGUUCUUCAGAUUUAUUGGCAAACAGUUUUCCUUGCCCUCACAUAAAGGUAAAGGGACCCCUGACCAUUAGGUCCAGUCGUGACCGACUCUGGGGUUGCGGCGCUCAUCUCGCUUUAUUGGCCGAGGGAGCGGGCGUUUGUCCGCAGACAGCUUCCGGAUCAUGUGGCCAGCAUGACUAAGCCGCUUCUGGCGAACCAGAACAGCGAACGGAAACGCCGUUUACCUUCCCGCCACAGCGGUACCUAUUUAUCUACUUGCACUUUGACGUGCUUUCGAACUGCUAGGUUGGCCAGAGCAGGGACCGAACAACAGGAGCUCACCCUGUCGCAGGGAUUCGAACCGCCGACCUUCUGAUCAGCAAGUUCUAGGCUCUGUGGUUUAACCCACAGUGCCACCUGUGUCCCUGCCCUCACAUAUACAUGCUAAAUACUUUUAUUGAAUUCUGCAAGAUCCCAAGAGUUCAAUAUACCAAGAUCAUAGCUUGUUUUUACUCAUAAUUCGACUAUAUGAGUAGGGGACAUUUAUGUUUUUUUAUAAGUAUGAGACUUUUACGUAUAUUUGGGGAGUGUAAGAUAUCCAGCAAGUCAGGGGAAGUUGAACAGAGAGAGAGCUUGUUUUCUAGAGCUGGUGGUAACUAGUUCUAGAGCUGGUGGUAACUAGUUUAGGGUGUAUACGUUUCCUAGUCCUAGAAAUAAAUUUAAUUCAUGCUCAGACAAUGCUGACAUAGAUGGGCAAAUAUAAAAAAUAUAAAUAGAUAGCUUACACUGUGCCGUCAUGCAGGGAUGGGUAGGAAAUGGGUUGAGAUCUACUGCGGAUAUCUGAGUGAUUUGAAGUAGAUCAGCAAGGAUUUCUGAAUCCAAUUAUUUUACAGAAUACCCCCUCCAAAUAUAUAUACUAUGCUAAAAUGAAGAAAACGUGGGCAGAUGGGGCAGUAACAAAGAGUCUGGAAGAACAAAGGGUUAGGAAGAACUAUAAGCUCAGAGCAUAGUUCAGUUUGGCACUAAAAACAAAUUCCUGGGCUCAGAAGUCUUUAACUCUUAAGUCAGGUGUCACCAGUCUCUUGGGGUCCAUGGACUACAUUUGAGAUCUGGUGAAACUGUUGCAGACCACAUGCAAUGGUCAGUCACACACUGCGACCUAUUCCAUUGGCUACAGUGGAAUACUACUUUCAAGUGUAAUUUCAGAAGUGGGAGGGGUACCUUUUGAGUACCAGGGAAGGUACCUGGUGGUGAAUCAAUGUUUUUUGCACAUGCUCUUAUUGGUGGAUUUCAGUUUCUGGGUGCGGGAAGUGGGUAGCAAAGAAAGCAGAUUCCUUUCUGCCUGAUAUCUGCCCACACCUUUCUUGGAGGAUACCAAGAUUUAUGUCAAAUGCUUUUCAAUAGUCUUACUGUCUUACACAUUUUUAGGGCUUCCCACCUAUUGUGGGGGUAAGUAGUUUUAUGCUUCUAUUGGUACUAAGAACAACCAGCUGGAGUCUGCGGGGGGGGGGGCUGGUUUGUGCCCCCUCAAAAAUGUGCACCCAGGGCCAUGGCCUCCCUGCUUCCCCCACUAUGCCCCUGCCUACCGAAAAGGUUCAGUUUCUAUGCCCCUCAUCCACAGUCAUGCUUGCCCCAUGCCUUUCCCAGGUAAAACCUAUUCUUUAGCUCAAAAUCGGAGCAAAAACUCAACUUGCCAUUUGCUCUGAGUGGUAAAGAUUGGUCCCCCCCCCCCCCAUGGAGAUAGCAACGGGAUAAGAGGGAAAGCUGGGAUAGCUCUGUCAGUAGAGCAUGAGGCUCUUAAUCUCAGGGCUGUGGGUUCAAGCCCCUCAUUGGGCAAAAAAAUUCUGCUGGGGGUUGUGCAAGAUGACCCUUGUGGUCCCUUUCAACUCUUCAGUCCUAUGAUUCUAUGCCCUAAGGGGAGGAAGCCUAAAGAAACCACAACAGCAUAUGCAUGAACUCCCAAAGGCUUCCCCCAACAUCUCCUCAAAAAACAUAACAUAGUAUUAUGAACAAAUCAUGGUUUAUGAAUGAGCCUCAGGGCUAAGUACUCCCCACUCUCCUUCCUUCAUGGCUUGUGUUAAGCCAGAGUUCCCCAUUACAUCUGAACUGAUGAACUUUAACUGAAUGAUGGGAUAAGAAACCAUCCAGGGCUGUGGUGGAUGAAGCUUUAAAAGAUCAUCCAAACUGGGACAGAGUUUUACCAGGGACCAGAAUCAGACAUUGGGAACAAGUGCUGUCUACAUACUUUCUGUAUAAGAACUUUUAACCAAUGAAACAUUACUUUCUUCAACAGAAAUAGCAUCCCAGCUGAUAUACCCUCCUGCGGUAUGUACCAAAUGUUUUGUUGGCAAAUUCCAUUUCAUAUCAUUUAUAGCUUUGCUGCUUUAUGAAAUGCUUAACUGUCAGCAAGCCAAGGCACAAGGCUUAUGUUUAAUACUAGUAUGCCAAAACCUGUACAGCAUCCCGUCAUGUGUGCCAACUUCCCUCACUUAUUCAGGACACAUUCCAGUGAAUGUUUAAAAAUGCUUAAGGCUACAAUCCUAUUCCAUAUACCUGAGAGCAGGUUUCAUUGUAUCCCCAAGUAAAAAUGCAUAAAAUUGGGCUGGGUGCCCCAUGGCUUUCAGUGAAACAGAAACCAAUGGGAUUUUCAAGGACUUUGCUUUGGCUGAAUUGGAGAGCAGAUUUGUAGCGCAAUGAGACAAGUGACCAGGGCCAGCCCAAGACAUUAUGGAUGUCCGAGGAAAACCACAAAAAGGCACCCCCCUCCCCGCCAGGGAAGAAGGGAUGAGUGAAGAUCUACAUCAGGAACAAGAGGAGAAUAAUGAUCUACAUCUGCUGCCCCUGUGGGUCCUGCUGCCUGAGGCGGUUGCUUCACCUUGCCUCAUGGGUGGGCCGGCCCUGCAAGCUUGUAAAUCUCUGUCACACAUCAAAUCAGACUAUUGGUCCAUCAAGCUCAAUAUUGUAUACAUUAACUAGCAAUGGCUCUCUAGAAUUUUCAGGCCAAAGUCUUUUUCCUAACCCUAUCUGGGAUCUUCUAGGUACAAAGUAUAUGCUCUACUACAGAGUGAAGCAGAGUAGAUUGAUGGGAUCUUGCAAAAAAAGAGAAAGAGAAAGAGUUGUUGCCUAUGCUUUUUAAACCCAGUUUAAGAGAUUCGUUCAGCUUCAAAUCUGAUUUUGUGUUCUAAAGGUGACAGCAAGAACAUGA